AGUACGUGUGCCUUCAAAACCCCCUCUUAGGGUUUUGGAGAAACACCAGCGAAGCUAAACCUUGUGGUUAUCAAUGGAGGAAACGCAAAUUGAAACCGUGAAAACCUCCGAUAAGCUAGUAUUUUUCCCUCCUCACCGUCGGAGACACCUCAAGAGCGAAACUUAUCGAACUUUGGUUCGGAUUUUCUCCCAAUUCUGCGACGAAUCGCCUUCUUCUCUCGCAACUCAUAAUGUCGAUCACGAGCUAAAUACAGAAAAUGGUGGCGAUGAAUUUGGGCAAACAACCGAAAAACAAGCGUCACAGCAAGUUGAAUUGGUUAGAAAUGAUAGCAUGGAGGCAAAGAGUUUGGUGUUUGAGAAAGAAUGUGAAGUUACUUUGAGUGGUGAUAAUAAUGGUUCCCAAGAUAGAAGGCUGAAUGAACAAAUGACAAUCAAUCAGAUUGAGCAGUUGAUGAGAUUAGACGAAAAUGAUGGUUUGUCAAAUCAAAAGGCUGAGAUUGGAUUCCAAAACCCGGGGAUUGGUCCUGAACAGAUGCUAAUAGAUGAGUUAGAGCAUAUUGUGAAAGGAAAACGAGCUAUUGUUCUUGAAAAUAAUUUGAAGCCCCCACAAAUUCCAUUGGUUGAAAAUCGUAGUGACAUAAAUGAAGAUGAGUUAUUGUAUCACAAAGAAGAACAUGUGGACUUGCGACAAAGCGGUAUAAAAAGAUCUGUAAGUGCCUGUCAAACACUUUCGUCUUCGGAUGAUGAUAUCAGGAUUGGAGGAAGUGCCAGUCCUAGAGAGAAAGGUGAGAACAUACAUUCUUUGUUGAAUAAUGAAGUUAUGCUACUGAAUAACUCUUCUAUCGCCUUUAAUGAAUCUGGUGAGGUUGAAAAAGCGAAAAACCAUGCUCAAAAGGGUUGUGAAGACUCUAAUUUAUUGUUAGACAAAAAUACAGUUGCUGACACUUUGGACGCCUCCAAUAAUAAUGACGGUCAGGGAUCACCGAAAGCUGAUGCUUUGAAGGUAGAUCAUGAAAUGCCAGUAAAGGAUAAGGAAUUAGAGAACCCAGUUUGUGGUGGUGACACGGUGGGUUCUGCUGGUCAUAUGACAGAAGAUGUAGAUAUGGAAGAGGGAGAAAUUUCUGGUUAUUACAGCAUGGAUGACAUUUCAAUGGACACGCUACUGCAAGAUGCUGAGGUGUUGGAGGGUAAGAGGGAAAGUGAAGAGCCUCUGAAUAGGUGCUUAAAAGAUAAAAGAGAGUUCUUGGGUGAUGAACCAAAUGAAGCAGAUUCUGGGUCCACUUUUUUUGCUUUUGACAAAGUUGAUAAAAACAAUAAUGGUGCAGUGGGACUCAGGGAAAUCGAUUUUAGUAAAACAAUUUGUGCAACUGAUAUUGUUGUUCACAAAGAGACUUUAGGAGCUGGGAAACUGGAUGUAAACGAUUCUGUGCCACCGGCUCAAAAAAUUGAAAAGAAAGGCACAGAGGGAAUUAAUAAUGUAGUAUUGUGCGGACGAAUCUUAGAAGACGAUGCGACAAGGCAUUAUAAAGUAUCUACCCAAAAGGAAGACUCUAAAGUCCAUCUCAAGAGAAAGAGGGGUCCUUCUACAAAGGAAAAUAAAGCAAAGAAAAAAGCAAAGGAGCGAAAGAAACGAGCGGAAAAGAAUAGACAACUUGGUGUUAAAAGGUUGAAACUGCCUUUAAUAUCAAAACCGAAAACUGUUUCAUAUUGCCGUCACUACCUAAAUGGAAGGUGCCAAGAGGGUGACAACUGCAAAUUUUCUCAUGAUAUCGUACCUUUGACCAAGUCCAAGCCUUGCUGUUAUUUUGCACGCCAACAAUGCAUGAAAGGGGAUGACUGUCCAUUUGAUCAUGAACUCUCUAAGUAUCCCUGUAGCAACUUUGUGUCUAAAGGUUUCUGCAGUAGAGGUGAUGAUUGCAUGUUUUCGCACAAGAUAGUAGCUAAGGAUGGUUCCAUCACUGUUUCAAAGGCUAUGGAAACUGAAAUGAAACUAGCAUCCUCGAUGGAUAACUCAAUGUCUAAGAAGCAACAGAAAAAUGACGGUGCAUUCCACCAUACUUCCAGUUUGUUAUCCUACUCCAAACAGAUGUGUUCUCAGAAGAAUCCUGAAAAGAAUGUAAAAGAGACUGUUUCAAAACAAUCUGAAAUGGUAGCUAAAGGAACCAGUUUUCUUUCUAUUGUUGCGAAUGCACCAUUGGGUGAUUCCAAUAAGCUCAAACAACAAAUAUUGUCUCCAAAUAAUGAGAAUCGUAGUGAGCAAAGUGGGUCAAGUGUGGUUCAGAACUCAAAUGAGAUUUUAAGCAAAACUCCACCAGUAGUAGCACCAAAAGGGAUAAAUUUUCUCGCUUUUGGAGUUCAACGGGAUGAUUUGAGUUGUAGAAAAUCAGGUAGCGUGUCGUCAAGUGGGGAUUCAGGUGCGGUUCAGAAUUCAAAUGAGAUCUUAAACAGAACUCCACCAGUAGUAGCACCAAAAGGAAUAAAUUUUCUCGCAUUUGGAGUUCAACGGGAUGAUUUGAGUAGUAGAAAAUUAGGUAGCACGUCAUCAAGUCAGGAUAAUGGUGUGAAACUGUCACCUUUGGAAAAUUCUAAUACGCAUAAUCAAAAUAGUUCAGCUUCAUACUCAAAUCUGAUGCUAAAGGGGAUUCAGCCUGCAGCGGUGCCAAAAGGAAUAAGCUUUUUGUCUUUUGGAAAGGGUUCAACAGAUGAUUCUUGCAAUAAAGGAAAGGCUGUGUUGGCAUCCAGUUUGGAUAAUGGUACUGAUAUUUGUGUUAAAGGGAAAGAAAAAGCUUUAGAUGAACCAAAACUUUCAAUUACAACCUCAUCGGAUCUUGCAUCUUCCAUAAUUUCUCAAGUUCAAUCUUCAAGCAGUUCAGCAUCCAGGAUCUUUAAAGACACUCCACAUUCAGCUCAGAUGGCACUCUUGUCAACGCUUGCAUUUGCUGCCAAGUGUGAAUCUCGAACGAAAUUAAAUCAGUCAAAUCGCGAUCCAUCAGUUGCUACCGAGACUGAUAAGGACACAAGGCAUAAAGGCGUAAUCGGAUGUUCACAGGAUGAUUUGGCAAAAGCCUCGAAAAUUUUGGAGUUCUUGUCUAGUAUUGGUAGUAAGAGUAAGCAGUAAUGCAUGUUGCUUGAUCCUCAACAGUGAAUUGAAUUCUAGACGGUGACGACAAAAAGCUGAUGUGGCCUAUCCAAGUUUGUUGCUCUGUUCAGUUUUGGAGCACAGCAGUAGGAAUAUGGAAUUCAUUGUUCUCGCCCUCGUUUGGCACAAAAAGCGGUUUUUUCUACUAUUUUCCUUCACUACCGUCACUCAGGUUAAUUUUGAAUUCUUUCUUCUGACUUAGAUCCUUGGAAAGGAUUGGUUCAACAUUUUAUCACCAAAAUGUUCUCUCCCAGAUCGGGGUAAAAAAGUUCAAUACCAACCUUAUUUAACUCGAAGUAAAUACAGACACUUAUCAAGUUUUUGGAUCACGCGUUACCUUUCACAACAACUCUUUACCUUGAAAGCCAUCAAGGUACACAGGAUAGAUCAUUUCUGCUAAAAGCCUCAGACAACUAGUGUCCGUGCAUUAACUUUUCGAGGGUGUCUUCAUUUCAAUGCAUUCUCUCUUUAUAAGCCAUUUAGCGUUGGAUCUAGUAAAAUUUAGGAAAAGGUCUUAUAUGUUCUUGUCCUUAAAGAUCUUUGGCAAAACUAUAUAUGACUUCUAUAAGUAUGGUCUGUAGUACUCCAUUCAAUUAUAUAUAUAUACAU